AUGAGCGACAAGUCGGCUAACCCCAUGCGGGAGGUGAAGAUCGAGAAGCUGGUUCUCAACAUUUGCGUUGGUGAGUCCGGCGAUCGUUUGACUCGUGCUGCCAAGGUGCUGGAGCAGCUCUCCGGUCAGACCCCCGUCUACUCCAAGGCCCGUUACACCGUCCGCACUUUCAGCAUCCGUCGUAACGAAAAGAUCUCCUGCCACGUCACCAUCCGUGGCCCCAAGGCUGAGGAGAUCCUCGAGCGUGGCCUCAAGGUCAAGGAGUACGAGCUCCUGGAGAAGAACUUUUCUGAGACCGGCAACUUUGGCUUCGGUAUCAACGAGCACAUCGACAUGGGUAUCAAGUACGACCCCAAUAUCGGUAUCUACGGCAUGGACUUCUACGUUGUCUGCGGCCGCCCCGGCUACCGCGUUGCCCGCCGUAAGCACGCCAACGCCAAGGUCGGCAAGAGCCACCGUCUUAGCAAGGAGGAUACCAUCAAGUGGUUCAAGCAAAAGUACGAUGCUGUCGUCUUGUAA